UUCCGCCAGACGGAUACGAUAUUCCGCCUCCGGACUGGACAACGCCAACCGUGACCCAAAUUCGUGAUCGACGACUCUCUCGUCAUAGCUCCAGAAGCUCGAAACCAUGUCGCGUUCUUUCGCAAACAAGCGUUUAAGCAAGGAGCUUAUCAAGAUCAAAGACCACGUUCCGCCCGGCAUUGCGGUAGUAAAAUCCGACAGUUUGGAAGAAUGGCAGAUGGACAUUAAGGUCCUUGAUGACAACCCUCUCUACAAAGAUCAGACAUACCGACUCAAGUUUACUUUCUCGGCCAAAUACCCCAUUGAGCCCCCAGAAGUACAAUUCAUUACACUCCCACCCUCCUCUGAGACACCCCGGGCUAUCCCUAUGCACCCACACAUUUACAGCAACGGCAUCAUCUGUCUCGAUCUUCUGGGCCAAUCGGGUUGGUCUCCUGUGCAGACUGUAGAGAGUGUCUGCAUGAGCCUCCAGAGUAUGUUGACAGCCAACACCAAGGACGAGCGGCCACCGGGUGACCAUGAGUUCGUAAUGCACAAUCGUCGACGAAUUCGUGAUAUCAACUUCGUCUACGAGGAUGAUAAUGUUUGAUGGAAUGGUUUCUCUUUCAUUUUCAUUAGUGGUUCAGCGAGGAUCAUCUUAUUCUAGAGGAGUUAUCGGUUUUCUGCAAGGGCUUCUUUCAUCUUGUGAAUAAUGGGAAUGAGGAUACACAUCUGUUGAGUUUUGCAGAUUCGAUUUUCUCCCUUUUCUUGCAUUUUUGAU